AUGACCAGCCCAUGGAUUGUCACCCUCCUCUGUGGUUUGCUGGGAGCCACAGUAAUCCAAGCUAACCUCCAACCCCCUGCAGUGCUCAGCCUUGGCCCAGAAGUCAUCAAGAACCACCUGACCCAGGCACUGAAGGACCACGAUGCCACUGCCAUCCUCCAGGAGUUGCCGCUGCUCAGAGCCAUGCAAGAUAAGUCUGGCAGCAUCCCCAUACUGAACAACCUCGUGCGCACUGUUCUGAGAUACAUCAUCUGGAUGAAGGUCACCUCUGCUAACAUCCUCCAGCUGGUUGUGGAGCCUUCAACCUAUGACCAGGAGCUGGUAGUCAGAAUCCCCCUGGACAUGGUGGCUGGAUUAAACACACCACUGAUCAAGACCAUAGUGGAGUUCCAAAUGCACACUGAGGUCCAAGCCCUCAUCCGGGUAGAGAGGAGCAAGAGCGGCCCCGCCCACCUGAACCUCAGCGACUGCUCCAGCAAUGAGAGCACCCUGCGCCUCAGCCUGCUUCGAAAGCUCUCCUUCGUGGUCAACUCCUUGGCAAAGAAUGUUAUGGAUCUCCUGGUUCCAGCCCUGCCCCAAAUAGUGAAAAACCAUCUGUGCCCUGUGAUCCAGGAGGCCUUUGAUGACAUGUACAAAAACUUCCUGACGCUGACAACAGCACCCAUUGCCCUCAGCCCCGGAGCUCUGGAGUUUGGCCUUCUGUCUCCUGCUAUCCAGGACAGUGAUAUCCUGUUCAACCUGAAGGCCAAGCUGCUGGACUCACAGGCAAGGGUGACCAACUGGUUCAACAGCUCUGCGGCUUCCCUGGUGGAGACCACCCCAGACGGGGCCCCUUUCAGCCUGACUGUGAGGCAAGAUCUGGUGAAUGCCAUUGUGACCACCCUGGUCCCCAAGGAGGAGCUUGUAAUCUUGCUCAGAUUUGUGAUUCCUGAUGUGGCCCGCCAGUUACAGAUGGACAUCAAGGAGAUCAAUGCAGAGGCAGCCAGCAAGCUGGGGCCCACCCAGAUGUUAAAGAUCUUCACCCAAAGCACCCCCCAUAUUAUGCUGAAUGAGGACGGGGCCACGGCAGCCCAAAGUGUUGUGCUGGAAGUGUUCCCCACCAAUGCAGAUGUCCGGCCCUUCUUCUCUCUCGGCAUUGAGGCCAGUUAUGAAGCUCAGUUUUUCACAGAAGAAAACCGGCUUAUGCUCAACUUCAAUAAUGUCAGAAUUGAGCGCAUCAAGCUGAUGAUCUCAGAUAUCAAACUGUUCGAUCCUGAAGUCCUGAAGGACACCCUGACCAAGAUCCUUGAAUAUACACUGCUACCCAAUGAGAAUGGCAAACUGAGAACGGGAGUCCCCAUGUCAAUGUCCAAGAACUUGGGAUAUGAGAAAGCUGUGUGGUCUGUGAGCAAGGGUACCCUCAAGCUCACUCCAGCUUCCUCCUAAAACCCUGGCU